AUGGCUGCAGAUGCCAGCGAGCCCUCUCAGAACGCUAUAUAUAAGCACGCAGACCCGCUCGGAGCCUCUCAUGUCCUUUGGUGGCCCUUCUCCAAGGGGCCUGAGCCGGGCGCGCAGUCCACACUGAUUUUGUUCAUACCUGGUAAUCCAGGGCACCUUGCUUUCUACACGCCUUUCCUUUCCACUAUAUACGACAAGACGGCUGCUUCUAGCUCUUCCCGGCUAGCCAUUUUAGCGCACUCUUACCUUGGGCAGACUCCGGGACUUGCGGACGAUAAUGUGUUCUCGCACCCUGAGCGAGUCUGCCUUACCGCUCAAGUGCAAGCAGUCAUCGAAGUACUCGAUUCCCUGAAGUCGGCAUAUGGCGACAACACCAGAAUAGUCAUGAUCGGCCACAGCGUAGGAACGUGGAUUACCCUGCAAGCUCUCAAAGCCAGACAUGAUCAUAUCGCCGAAGUCUUCCUCCUCUUUCCUACUAUUCAACACAUCCUUCAAACGCCUUACGGGCGUCGUUGGUCGUGGCUGUUCCGCGGACCAUUUCCCAGGAUACUAUCAACCCUUUCUACGACGAGCCGGAUAUGGCCGACCAAAAUGGUCUCGCUAAUCCUCAGGGACUGGCCACCGGCACAACUCCAGGUGCUGCUUAGAUGGCUUCGUUCUCCUCCCUCUGUCUUCGCGGUGCUGACUAUGGCGCACGACGAAAUGCAAACGAUCCGUGAACUCGACAUUGCUCUCAUGGACGAGAACCGACACCGUAUCUGUCUUUACUUUGGAGAUCAGGAUAUGUGGGUUGGAGAGCAGAAAGACGCGAUCCUGCGGCUCUUUAAUCCUGACCCCGGAAGCAUGAGGGUGUUCCACGGCCCUAGUGACAUUCCCCAUGCGUUCUGCAUAAACCACGGAGAACUGGUCGCGUCGCAGUGCCUCGAAUGGCUGAAGUCUGGCGGUUUCAUAUAAUUCGGUGGCCAAUCUCCCGCGGACGUGCAUCCGAGAUCUCCCACCACACUAGUAGUUCCACCAUGUUGUUCUCUUAUACAACGUUCUGUGGACCGCCUUACGUUUGAUCAUAUCAUCUGACUUGACCGUUAGAUAUAUUCGCCUUGCGUCUUGGACCGAUAAGCUGCAGUGCCGUCAUCGUCCCUAUUUAUACCUCCUUCAGCGAAUACUAUGGAUAGGUGCUUGCUUCUGUGUUCUCCUCAUGUUGCCCUGUUCCCACAUUGC